AGUUGAUAGACAAACAUCAAGUAUGUUAUGUUCUUACCAGCACAGUGAGUGCUCGUUCCUUGAUGAAUUAACAUGCAGUAAUGAUGAUAUACAAAAUUACGGAGAUUUUCAACGUUGGGGCAGCUAUGAGCAAAUUGUUCCUGGAAACAAUGACAACUUGUGUGAUGUAGAGUCCUCGCUAUACGUUCCAAGAUCAUCCUCUGUUAAAAGUGAUAUUAGUUCUAGUUACUGGCCAUGUACAACAGCAGCAGCAUUAACAACACAAAUGCCGGACACAUCGUCUGUGUACGGGUCUUCAUCAAUGCCGCCCACAUACGACGAUCAUCUGAGAUCUCUGCACGAGGAGGAAUUGCGCAUGCGCACGUCGUCGCCGACCCAUAGUGAUAUUUCUCUAGCUGAAGUAGACACCAACAUGACAGAUAUAGUCGAUGAUAAACAUAAUGAUAACUCUGAACUUCUAACUGAUAUAAUGGAAUGCAUUGAAAAUGUUUCAAAAUCAGAAGACAGGCAGAUAAGAAAGAAAGUAAAACAUUCAACUAAAUCAAAACCAAAAGCCUACGAAGAGUUGAUGAAAGAAGCUGCUUCAUUGUUAGCAAAUAGUGGCCAGAUUCAGCUGUGGCAGUUUAUCCUCGAACUUCUGACUACAGAGAGUGGAGCAACCUGUGCACGCUGGGAGGGACCUCUAGGAGAGUUUCGUAUUACUGAUCCAGACCAAGUCGCUAACAAAUGGGGUCAGCGAAAAAACAAACCAAACAUGAACUAUGAUAAAUUAAGUCGAGCAUUACGUUAUUAUUAUGACAAAAACAUUCUUACAAAGGUUCAAGGAAAGAGAUACACCUACAGAUUUGACUUUAAAGCUAUUGUUCAAUCUCAUAGGUCUCUCUCAGGAGUGGCAUCUAAUGCUAUUCUGUCUCAAAUAAAUGCCAUUCAACAUCCUCCGUCCUCAAAGAAAAUUGCUCAAAAAGUCCGGAGCAGGCCUCUGGGAAUCCAUGGUCCUCGCCACUAUACAGCGACCCAAUUAACCUCAUACACACAAUCAUUACAACAAAAUGGAUAUUCAAGAUCAACCUUUGGACCGUGUGAUCAGCCAACAUGGCUACCAAAUGAGACACGUAGAGGGAUCGAGAAUGAGCCGCAGGUAUCUACAUGGUAUACCGACCAUAAUGUGUUCGACUAUUGUUCAGAUAAUUAUGGCUAUGGCAUGUGUUACACACAACCGUGAUACUGUUAUAUAAUUGCCUUGAUCUCAGUUGUAACAUAAUAAAGAAAUAUAUAUAUCAGUAUAUGGCCAUAUGCUGGGGAUUUCCGGCCAGUAAAUUACAUAUUGUUCGAGUACAUACACGAACAACAAUCCAGAUUGUCCCGAGUCUCGCACUUUACUUCAACCAUUCCAUGCAAUUGUAAAGAUGUAAAAAUAAUGGUGUACAUAUUAUAGUAAUGAUACUGUGAUUUUACCUAUAAACAUUACAAAUGACGUGAUUGUUUUUCAUGAUUUUGAUAUGUACUGUUCAAUGUUCAAGAAGCAAAGCUUAUUAUUAUAUUUUGCAAAAUAAAUUUUAUUUUCAUUA